AUGGACAGUCCAAUUCGACUCACUGUCCUCAUAUCUGGCAAUGGCACGAAUCUGCAGGCCGUAAUCGACAAAGUUAGCGCGGGCCAGCUACCGGUGAAUAUCGUCCGGGUGCUAUCCAACCGCAAAGAUGCCUUUGGGCUCGAACGUGCCAAGCGAGCAGGUAUUCCGACGACAUACCACAACCUGGUCAAAUAUAAGAAAAAACACCCGGCGACACCGGAGGGUGUCCAGGCCGCACGGGAGGAAUAUGACGCCGAACUGGCGCGACUAGUGCUCCAAGACUCACCCGACUUGGUCGCGUGUCUUGGGUUCAUGCAUGUCCUGUCGAUGAAAUUUCUGCAACCGUUAGAAGACGCCCAUGUUAAGAUUAUCAAUCUGCAUCCUGCGUUGCCGGGAGCUUUUAACGGUGCUAAUGCUAUCGAACGUGCCCAUACUGCUUGGAGGGAGGGAAAGAUCGACAAGACGGGAGUAAUGAUCCACCACGUUAUUUCGGAAGUUGACAUGGGCAAACCCAUACUGGUUAAAGAGAUUCCUUUUGUCAAGGGAGUCGAUGAAGACCUGAACGUGUUCGAACAAAAGGUCCAUGAAGUCGAGUGGGGGACUGUAAUUGAGGGAAUCGAGAUUGCUAUACGAGAAAUAAAGGAAGAAAAGGGCAAGCACUCCGGAGCAGCGUGA